AUGGUCUGCAACGGCAACCACAGCGAGAUCUGUGGUGGUUCCAAUCGUAUCAAUCUGUACGAAUUCGGACUCGCGAAACCUACACCAGCGGCCCAAACAGGUUGGAUUGCGCAGGGCUGUUAUACGGAUAGUGUGGCCCAGCGAACGCUACAGUUCGGAGGCGUCGUGCAAGGCGCUAUGACGAAUGCGAAGUGUAACGCGGCGUGUGAGGCUGCGGGUUACACGAUCGCAGGCACCGAAUAUGCGGGUGAAUGCUACUGCGAUAAUCAGCUUCGUAAUGGCGGGGGUCUGGCACCGGAUGGAGAUGCUCUCUGCAAUAUGGCUUGCAACGGGAAUGCGACAGAAAUGUGCGGCGGGCCUAACCGACUGAGUCUCUUCAAGCUAUUUGGAUCAUCAACACCAACUGAGACGCCCACGCCUACUGCGACUGAAGCGUCGGCAACGAGGACGAAUACAGCGACGGCUACUGCAACUGGUCUUCCGGCUGGCUUCGAGUACAAGGGAUGUUAUGUCGACGGCCCAGGAUUCCGCAUCAUGAACUUUCAACAGCCGGAUAACCAACAAAUGACCAUCGCUUCGUGCUCAAAUAUUUGUGCAGAUGCGGGAUACACGGUUGCCGGUAUGGAAUACUCUUACCAAUGCUUCUGCGAUAACUUCAUCCGACAAGGCGGAUCCCUCGCUAACGAUGAUACCGAGUGCGGGAUGGCGUGCGCUGGUGCUGCAGGCGAGAAGUGUGGAGGACCAGACAGGCUUUCCGUGUGGGCCACGGGAAAUCUGACCGUAGUCCAGAAGCCGAAGGCCCAAACGACUGGCCUUCCUGGGAACUGGAAGUAUCAGGGUUGUAUUACUGACCCAAUAGAUAAUCGCGUAUUCCCGUGGCAGAGCAUAGAUACAGCUAACAACAGCGCGACUUCUUGCUUGAGCAAAUGUGCCGAAUAUGGCUACAUGGCCGCUGGAAUGGAGUACGGUCAAGAAUGCUACUGUGGAGACCUCGAUGGCAUCGAAGCCUCUGGGUCCCAAAAUGUCUCUGAAACAGAAUGCAACAUGCCGUGCCCGGGUAACCCAGAGGCCCUCUGCGGCGCUGGUCUUCGCCUGACGUGGUACAAAUGGGUAGGCGAUCCAAUUUAUGUCUGGAACUAUCCGCAAGGCGUGAAUGCCGGCGAGUACCGCUUCCUCGUCGGCGGGCCCGUAGUGCCUUUGAUUAGUCAACCGGCCAUUAAUGGCAAGAUCUCCCUGCUUGAGAAGAAAGGUACCGGACCGCCGAAUUCGACGGGAGCUUAUGAGUUCGACCCUUCGCUGUCGGAUAACAUUUUUACGACGUUCAGGGAGAUGCAUGGUAUCAAGACAGACAUCUUCUGUGCAGCGGGAUUGACGAUGCCGGAUAAGGCUGGACGGCAGAUCAACAUUGGAGGAUGGUCCGUUGAGUCGACAUUCGGCGUCCGAAUAUACACUCCCGAUGGCUCCCCCGGUGUAAACGGUACUAAUGAUUGGCAAGAAAACGUCAAUGAGAUUGCGCUCCAGGCCGGGCGCUGGUACCCUACCGGUAUGGUAAUGGCAAAUGGCUCGAUGCUCAUCGUGGGUGGUCAAGAAGGCUCAAACGGCGCUCCAGUUCCUAGCAUGGAAAUCCUUCCUAAAGUCGGCCCGGUAAAGUUUGCCCAGUACCUGAAGGAUACCGACCCGUUCAACCUCUAUCCUUUCCUUGUUGUUCUUCCCUCAGGCGGCAUCUUCAUCCUGUACUAUAAUGAAGCCCGUAUCCUAGACGAAAACACUCUCGAUACCGUCAAGAUCCUGCCCAAGGUCCCCGGCUCUGUCAACAACAUUGCAGGUGGCCGUACAUAUCCCUACGAAGGUACGCAAGUACUGUUUCCACAAUACGCGCCGUACACAGACCCCCUCGAAGUCCUGGUCUGCGGCGGUGCUAUUCCAAAUCCAAACUGGGGCAUCGACAACUGCGUAUCUAUCGCUCCUGACGCUGCAGCUCCCAAGUGGACCAUCGAGCGGAUGCCCACCCGUCGCGUUAUCUCCUGCAUGGCCACUCUCCCCGACGGCACAUUCCUCAUUCUCAACGGCGCCGAGAUCGGAGAAGCUGGGUUCGGACUUGCGGAUAACCCCAACUACAACGCCCUGCUUUACGAUUCCACCAAACCGGCGAACCAGCGUAUCAGUGUCAUGGCCAACACUACCAUUGCGCGUCUAUAUCACUCUGAAGCUGUGUUGAUGGAUGAUGGGAGGGUGUUAGUUAGUGGAUCAGACCCGCAAGACGAGGACUGGCCCGAAGAAUACCGCCUCGAGGUCUUCGUUCCACCGUACAGGCUCUCGGGCGCUGCAGUCCCUACUUUUACCAUCACACAGAAGGACUGGCAGAAUGGUGGCACGUAUGCUUUCCAGUUGACUUCCGCAGUCAGCGGCAAUGUCCGUGUUUCAUUACUUGGCUCGGAGUCCAGUACUCAUGGAAAUAGCAUGGGCGCAAGAAUUCUGUUCCCAGAAGUGUCGUGCUCGGGAGCAAGCUGCACAGUGAAAGCACCACCGGGGCCGUAUGUCUGCCCUCCGGGCUGGUAUAGAAUGUUUGUGCUGGAUGGCCCGACGCCGAGUCAUGCGACGUGGGUGAGGAUUGGAGGUGAUCCCGGGAAGUUGGGGAAUUGGCCGAAUACCCCGGCAUUCCAGCCGCUUCCUGGUGUGUAG